AUGUCUGGGCCAGCCUACUUCAUCGCAGCAUUGGCCGUCUGCUUCUCGAUGGCAGCCGCCGUCGCCACUGCAUCGAAUACGCCCGGGCAUAAUCCUUGCUCGUUUGCGGAGUUACCCAUCCAGUACUGCAAGUCGUUCCUGCAGAAAGGCAGACAUUGUUCAAAACCUAGCCUUACUUGCUGUGCCCUCGUGUUCGACAUCUUCAUGGUCAAUCCCUCGUGCGUCUGCGAGGCGAUGAAGCCAUCAUUUCUGGGAGUUGCUGUCGAUCCCGCUCGCGUCUCCCUCCUCCCCGAACUCUGCCACCUCCCGACGAAUAACCUUCAUUGCUUUGCGCCGCCUCCGUCUUCUUCUCCAAUCACUCAUCCGCCCCCAGCAACCCCACCGUCGAAUCCACCAUUGGGUUCAGUCGAAGCACCUUCGUCUAAUGCGCCUCCAGCUUCGGUGGAAGCGCGUUCAUCGAGUCCACCGUCAGGGCCGGUUGUAAAGCCACCGGCGAAUGCACCGUCAUCUUCGAUUUCGGUGCCGCCGUCGCAUCCACCAUCUUCUUCAAUCGCAGCGCCGCCAACAUCGGUAACAGCACCAGCUUCUGCGCCGGUCUCUAACUCUCAUCCGCCAGCGACGUCACCCGCUGCAGCCCCCUCGUCCUCUGGCGCGCUAAAGCUCGCAACGUCGCUUGCAGUAUUCCUCGCCAAUCUCGCAUUCGCCACCGCCUUCUUUUGCAGCAUAUGA